AUGGUUGGUGGACGUGGUCGUGGUUGUCGAGGACAGGUUCCGAUUGAGGAAGUCCCGUACUGUGAUCUGGAGCGGAUUUUUGAAUAUAAGGUGAUUCCAGAUCGUGUCAAAGUGAAACUGGUCGCCAUCAAACUCAAAGGUAGGGCAUCUGCAUGGUGGGAACAGUUGAAGCGUUCACGGGAGCGACAGGGGAAAUCCAAAAUUACUAACUGGGAGAAGAUGAAGAAGAAGAUGAAAGGGCACUUCCUCCCUUUCGGCUAUACUCAAACCUUGUUUCAGAGACUUCAUUCACUAAGGCAAGGCGCAAGAUCGGUCAAUGAUUAUACUGAAGAAUUCUAUCAGUUGGUGGCUCGAAAUGAUUUAUCUGAGACGGAGGAGCAGAUGGUAGCACGCCUUCAUUCAUUGUGGACAGUUUCUAAGGCAUAUCAGCGAGCACUUGCAGUAGAGAAACAACAAAGUAGGAGGCCAGUGGUCAGAGGUGAAGGAAGUCAGCCAGUUCGCCCUCAAGAAUCUCGUCCUGCUUAUCAGCCACAGCGGGAUAGUUCCAACUCAAGUAUUAAGUGCUUUAGGUGUGGUGAACAGGGGCAUAGGGCGACUGAUUGCAGGAAGCCUGCUGGUCAGAAGAAUAAAAAUCUUCUGAUUGAGGAGGAUAUGAUAGAGGAGUUUGAGGAAGUUGGGGAACCCGUGUAUGAUGAGGGUGAAGAUGAGGACGUGAUAUAUGGAGAUGUUGCUGAUAAAGUCUGUAAGCUGAUAAUUGAUAGUGGCAGUUGUGAGAAUGUAGUGUCUGAGGAGGCUAUCGAGAAACUGCAGUUGAAGAUGGAUCGUCAUCCUAAACCAUACAAGUUGUUUUGGCUGAAUAAAGGCAGUGAGCAUCAAAGGGAAGAGAAUUGUUUUGGUGCCUCACAGGGAAAGACUGCUCCGGUAGUUAAAAACCCCAAUCUACUUUCUAUGUCCAGGUUCUUGGUUGAGGUUGGGUGUGAAAAAAUAGUUUAUGCUUUAAUGCCUCAUGAAAAUAGUACAGCGAAUGUGGAUUCAAAAUUUCCAGCAGAAGUACAGCAACUACUGAUGGAGUUUUCUGACUUGAUGCCGGAGGAUCUUCCUCCAGGACUACCACCUAUGAGGGACAUUCAACAUCAGAUCGACCUCAUUCCGGGGUCGAGUCUACCAAACCGACCAGCAUAUCGCCUCAGUCCCAAGGAAGCUGAAGAGUUGCAGCGACAUGUGGUAGAAUUAUUGGAAAGGGGCUACAUUCGUGAGAGUAUGAGUCAUUGUGCAGUUCCUGCUCUCCUAGUGCCGAAGAAAGAUGGGUCAUGGCGUAUGUGUGUUGACAGCUGGGCAAUUAACAGGAUUACAGUGAAGUACAGGUUUCCAAUUCCCCGUCUGGACGACAUGUUGGAUCAAUUGUCCGGUUCUAAGGUCUUCUCAAAAAUUGACCUUAAAAGUGGAUACUACCAGAUCAGAAUCAGACCUGGAGAUGAGUGGAAGAUCGCGUUCAAGACACAGCAUGGGUUGUACAAGCGGAUGGUCAUGCCCUUUGGACUAUCCAACGCCCCCAGCACUUUUAUGAGGUUUAUGCAUCAGGUUUUACGGCCUUUCAUGGGGAAGAGUUUCCGUGGAUUGGCAUCCUUCUAUCGUCGAUUCAUCAGAAACUUUAGUACCUUGAUUGCUCCUAUCACAGAGUGCCUUAAAGGGCGUGAUUUUCAAUGGACUGAGGAGGCAGAGGCUAGUUUUCAGUUGAUUAAGCAGAAGAUAACGGAGGCCCCAGUCUUGGCACUUCCGAAUUUUGAAAAGGUGUUCGAGGUAAAUUGUGAUGCGUCUGGAGUUGGCAUUGGUGGUGUUCUGAGUCAGGAGGGACGUCCAGUAGCCUUUUUUAGUGAGAAGCUAUCGGGAUCGAAGAAAAAUUAUUCCACUUAUGACCUGGAGUUCUAUGCUAUAGUUCAGACUCUGAAGCAUUGGCGUCAUUACCUGGUACAAAGGGAGUUCAUCCUUGUCACUGAUCAUGAGGCUUUGAAGUACAUCAAUGGUCAACACAAGCUGAGUAGGCGACAUGCAAAGUGGGCGAGGUACUUGCAGGAGUUUACUUUCACACUCAGGCAUCAAGCAGGGAGUUUGAAUCGAGUAGCAGAUGCAUUGAGCUGUCGCACAUUACUCCUCACCAUCAUGAGCACCAAGAUUGUCAGAUUUGAGGCAUUUCCUGAUAUGUAUGCUGCGGAUCCUUCAUUUGGGAAGAUAAUUCGGGGGGUAACUGAUAAUCACCGACAUGAUUUUGUUUUACAUAAUGGUUACCUGUUUCGUGGAUUGCAGUUAUGCAUUCCGGAUUGUUCACUAAGGCAGCAGAUUAUUAGUGAACUUCAUAACAAAGCACAUUUUGGGCGAGACAAGACAUUGACAUUGAUCUCUUCUGAUUAUUACUGGCCCAAGUUGAGCAGUGAUGUAGCGCAUUAUGUGGAGCGGUGUUAUGUAUGUCAGCAGUCUAACGGGGCUCUUACUAAUGCUGGAUAG